UGGACACACCUGCUCCCUCGUGUGAGGAAGGACUCUACUUGCCAGAGUUUUUGCCCCCAACACCUUUAAACGGAGCCCGCCUCCAUGCAGAGGUCAACAGAGAAGUGGAGAUCAGAGUCAGAGCACGAGCAUCACACGCAACAAUACAGGAUAUCGUCAUCAGCGGCCCACUGAACAUCACCAAGCAAAGGAACACACAUGGGGAGUUUGUCAUCAGGUGGACGCCUAUCCAAGAUGACCUGGGGGAUUUUUUUCCGAUCUGCUUUGCUGUUGAAGCGGUGACCUGGCGUGCUGGAACCGCUACCACACACCAUCACAGUCACAAUCACCACGCCACCCCAUCUCCACAGUCUGGCGUCUAUCAGUCUGAGAUGAGGUGUGUUUUGGUAGAAGUUCGGAGGGUGCAAGUUAAUUCCCAUGUGAUCUGCACCGAGUCCACAAUGAGAGUAGAGGUUGAGAAAUCUUCAUUCGCUGGACUCCAUGAGGAUCAUUUGCGGCUCAACGACGGUGCCAACACCGCCUGCAGGCUGCACUCCAACAGCACUUACGUCUUCGCCGACAUCCCCCUCAGCGGUUGUGGCACUGAGAUCGAGGAAGACGGGAAUAACCUCAGGUUCAAGAAUGAAAUCACCACGUUUGACAACAGAGCCGACGUGAUCACCAGGAAACACCUGCUGGAGGUGCAGUUCUACUGCCAGUACCCCAAACGUGGAAACGCGACACUGGCCUUCACAGCACACAGGCCCAUCGUCUCAGUGUGGGACAGGAGCUUCGGCAGGUUCACCUACCAGUUUGAGUUCUAUCCUAACGACCAAUACCAAGCCAUGAUUGAUCCAACUUCAUACCCGGUGGUGUAUGAAAUAGGGAGCAGGGUCUACAUGCAGAUAGAGGCCACCUCCUCCGUCAACAACACCGUGCUGUUUGUGGAGUCCUGCAGAGCUUCACCAUAUGACAACCAGAACUCCCAGCGGACCUACUCCAUCAUUGAGAAUGGGUGUAAUGUGGACCCGACCGUUCAGAUCCAUUCCCCCUCCCACCCGAGACAAUUCAGGUUCAGCAUGAAGACCUUCAAGUUCAUCGGUAUGCAUGAUCAGGUGUACAUCAGCUGCACAGUCCUGAUGUGUGAAGCAGGGGAACCCAACACCAGGUUCUCUGAGGGAUGCAUCAGCUCCACAACGCCAGCCACUUCGCCUCAUAACCACCACCGCAGAAAGAGAGAGGUUGCCGUGGAGAGUGCGAGGCACUUCGUUUCCCAGGGUCCCCUGCGCUUAAAGAGAUCAGCGGAGAGCAACGAAAGCUCCGCGCUCCACCUGAAUCUGAACCUGGUGUUCAUC